GUUAAGUCUCUAUCUCUCCUUCUUCUUCACUUGCUCAGUUCUCCCACGCUUGAAAGCUUCACAUGCUUUCUCACUCGCCGCCUAACCCAGUACUUACCUCGCAUAAAAUAACCUGUUUCGGCCCAUCUCAGCAAUGAAACAUGGGCUUUCUCCGGCGACUCUUCGGCCCCAAAAGGCCCACCACUUCGCCGCCAGAUAAGGAGAAGAAGCGGUGGGGUUUCUCCAAGGACAAGACUCAUAAACAAUCCAACCCCUGCCCAAUCAAGCUCGACGCUUCCACCUACCAGCUUCAGUCCCCAGCCGCCGCCUUUGACGCCAAUAAGCACGCCAUAGCAGUAGCCGCCGCCACCGCAGCCGUAGCCGAAGCAGCCCUCGCGGCAGCUCAUGCAGCCGCCGAGGUUGUUCGUCUCACCAAUAGCAGAGGCUCCGGAAACUCUACCACCGCCGCGCAAGUUAGCCGGACCCGUCACUUUGCUGCCGCUAAAAUUCAAUCGGCAUUUCGGGGGUAUCUGGCAAGAAGAGCCUUGAGGGCACUCAAAGCACUGGUGAAGCUUCAAGCAUUGGUCAGAGGCCACGUAGUGAGAAAACAAACAGCAGACAUGCUUAAGCGGAUGCAGACACUCGUACGUGUCCAAGCCCGAGUACGUGCGACUCGCACGCACGGGUCGGAAUCUUUAAAUUCUUCCAGCAAGUCCUUAUUGUCACCAUUCCCUGUAAAUUCUGAUAGAAAUGGAUAUCAACAGCGUGCUUAUAGUAACAAAUAUGAUGGCCCCUCAAUCCUGAAGAGGUGUGGUUCAAACUCAAACUUCAGGGAUGUGAUGAACCUUGAGAAAAACCGAACAGGAUCAAACUGGUUAGACCGUUGGAUGGAGGAAAGCAUAUGGAAUAGUUGCCAAGGCUCUUCAAUGAGAUAUGGCCGCACUGACGACGAAAAGAGGGACAAGAUUCUAGAAGUUGAUACUUGGAAGCCUCACAUGGAUACCCAACGUGGUAGUACACGAAACUUUCAAAUGCCACGGCAUGUUUUGGCCUCAGAUUAUCAAAACCGGAGCUUUGCUCCAUUUGAUUCCCCAUCAAAACGAAUGAUAAAAGUUCCAGUUUCGGUUCCAAAUCAAUCUUCCAUGGAUGCAGUGUCAUUUGGCAAUUUGAAGCAUCCAAUGGAGAAAGACGAAGCAGCUGUUAGGACAGCAGGGAACAGUCCUCAAGCCAUUUCUGCCUCGUCUAGACCUGGAAGCAGCAGUGCUAGGAGAGGUGGACCUUUCACACCUGCAAAGAGCGAGUGCUCGUGGGGCUACUUCAGUGGCUACACAAGCCAUCCAAACUACAUGGCUAACACAGAAUCCUCUCGUGCUAAGCUUCGGUCACAGAGUGCCCCAAGGCAGAGGCUUGAAUUCGAGAAAUAUGUGGCGACCAAUAGAUCCAGUCAAAGAUUUUGGGAUGGAUGGACGCAUUCAGAUUCAAAUGUGGUCCAGGAUUCUGACUCCAGGAGCAGUGCUUAUCCUGCUUUUAACCCCUUUGAUAGAGUUGGGAUUGCUACCUUAAGAUAAUACUGCAAUUUUUUUUUCACCUUUGAAUGUGAGGAAGCAUGACUGGGAGUUUGCCCAAAAUGCUUACUCUUCAAACUUUGUUCUUACAAAUAUGAACUUUGAUAGUGUGGAUAGUUAACUAAGUGUUCAUCUAUUUGACAUGGUUUGGAUGUAAGCUCAGUUGUGAUAUUUGUGUUGUGUUCCUGAGUGUUACUAAACUACAAAAUUUAUGCAAGUCUUAUUGCUUGUAAUCAAGAUUUCAUAGAUAUUUUUCGCUCAAGAACACCCUGUACCAGUUGAGAUUAUGCCUUAAUUGACCUUUUUAUCGUCCUUUUCA